AUGGCUGUUGGAAAGAACAAGCGCUUGUCCAAGGGCAAGAAGGGUAUCAAGAAGAGGACUGUUGACCCCUUCACCAGGAAGGAUGAGUACUCUGUGAAGGCUCCCUCCACCUUCGCGCAGCGAGACGUCGGCAAGACCCUCGUCAACCGCACCAGCGGUCUCAAGAACGCCAACGAUUCGCUCAAGGGCCGUAUCUUCGAGGUUUCUCUUGCGGAUCUCCAGAACGAUGAGGACCACGCCUUCCGCAAGGUCAAGCUGCGUGUCGACGAAAUCCAAGGAAAGAACUGUCUCACCAACUUCCACGGUCUGGAUUUCACUACCGACAAGCUGCGAUCUCUUGUGCGCAAGUGGCAGUCGCUGAUCGAGGCCAACGUGACCGUCAAGACGACCGAUGAUUACCUCCUGCGCCUCUUUGCCAUCGCUUUUACUAAGCGACGCCCCAAUCAGAUCAAGAAGACCACAUACGCUCGUUCUUCUCAGAUUCGCGCCAUUCGCAAGAAGAUGACCGAGAUUAUGCAGCGGGAGGCUUCCAGCUGCUCUCUCGCUCAGCUUACGUCGAAGCUUAUUCCCGAGGUUAUUGGCCGCGAAAUUGAGAAGGCUACUCAGGGAAUCUACCCUCUCCAGCAUGUCCACAUCCGCAAGGUCAAGCUUCUCAAGUCGCCCAAGUUCGACCUCGGUGCCCUGCUUAACUUGCACGGCGAGUCAACGACCGACGACAAGGGCCAGAAGGUGGAGAGAGAGUUCAAGGAGCAGGUUCUGGAGAGCGUUUAA